UACUGUAACACAGAACCACUGAACGUUGUUUAGCACAAGUGACGCUUACGCACUGACGCUCCCAUACGCUCCAGUUGUGGCGUCACAGUCUCAUCUCGCGAGAGUGUGAGGUAUCUCUGGGAGAGCAGGUUUGCCGGAACCGAGGAGCUGGAUAUUUGAAUGGCGUUGUGGGACAUUUAGCAGCCAUUUAGAAGUGCGUCCUGUGUUAAGAAAAGUGGGCUACGUCGGUAUGUGAGUAAAAAAAUGAAUCAUCUUCAGCUUAUUACUUUUACAAAAGCCCGGGACAAAUCGGAUUUUUGGGAGAAUGGAGAGUGCAGUAAUAAAAAAGAUCUCAAUGCAUCCAAUAAAAAUAUAACAGGAGAGGAAGCCAGGAGCUUUUAUGAAAGUCUUUUGGAAACUGAAGACCAACAGUCUCACUCUAAAAAAUCUUCUAGAAAACCAAAACCUGCCAUAUUGUCAGUACAGCAUCGCGUAGCUGAUACCCAGUCGGAACAAAACACCACCACAGCUCAGGAUCCUAAGGAGCAACAUAAAGGUCACCAGUUACUAAGGUGUUCUCAAGAAGGAGAUUUAAAAGGCUUAAAAAGACUUGUGGAUAAAGAGAAGUGUAAUAUUAACUUUCAUGACUCUUACUACUGGACUGCUCUAAUGUGUGCUGCAUAUGGUGGAAGAAAAGAAGUUGUUGGGUAUUUGUUACAGAGAGGUGCAGCUUGGGUAGGAGUUUGUGAAACUCAGGGAAGGGAUGCAUUGACAUUAGCAGAGGAAGCUGGCCAUGGGGACAUAGUUCAGCUCUUUCAAUCUUCUCUUACCUCUCCAAAGAAGAGCGUCUCAAGGAAAAGACCACUGGAAAGGAAAUACUGUGAAGUCUGCAAAUCCCAUUACCAGGAAGAUACUGUUGAAACUCAUGAACGCUCUACAGUUCACCUUUUCAAUAAUAAGAAGCAGCAGCCUGCUACUUAUUAUGCCAUACCAGAUCAUAAUGUGGGGUUUAAGAUGAUGCUAAAAGAAGGCUGGAAUCGAGAGUCUGGAUUGGGACCAGAUGGAGAAGGGAGAAAAUUUCCAGUUAAGACUCUUCUAAAAAGAGAUAAAAAAGGUCUUGGCUUCCACACAGACCAAAAGUCUAAAGUUACGCACUUUUCUGCCAAUGACAAUAUGGCCGUUGCUAAUGUGAAAAUAAGACAAAAAAGAACAGAAAGAAUCUCAACAAUCAGCAGGAAAGAAGAAAAGAGGAAGCAAGCAAAAGAGCAAGCUUGGGAAAGGAAUCUUAGAACUUACAUGAAUAUUGACUUAUAGCAUGUUCAUUAUGUAUGGCUUUAAUGUUAUCUUUAAUGUUUAUACAAAGUAUCUUUGCAAUGGAAAAUAUGUGCAAUAUGAUGAAAAAAUCUAUAAAUUAAUUUAUAUAUAGUCAAAUCUUUAUGGUGGUGACACCUUUAAAGGAGAAGGAAAACUUAAAACUAAGUAAGCUUUAUCUGAAAGGUAAAUACAGCUAUAAACACCUAUAGUACUGCUGCUCUGAGUCCUCUGUGAAAAGAAACAUUCCAUUUAUUUCUAUUCUUAACACAUCUUAAAACUACCUUUUUUAGCAAAAACCUUUGGCAUGGCAUGAGUCUAUGCAGCUUGCUCCUCUCUCCUCUCCCCCUCCCUUCUCCCUCCUCCCACCUCCCCUUAGCAGCAACAGACAAGGCAGCAGGAGUGAUGUAAGCAGGGAAGUGACAUCAGACAAAGCUAAAAUGGCAGCUGCUUUCUUAAACAAACAGUGCGCUUCUAGGACUGGUUACUCUGGGAUGGUAAAGCAUUCUGCUGAAUAAAUAUUGCAUUCUAGUUUGCACUGUUGUGGCUAAUCUAUUGCCAGUAAAAUGCUUUCCUUCUCCUUUAGGGUGAAGUUACAUGGAGCUACUAGUAGCAGAUACUUGUGGCUACAAACAUAGACAAUGCUUAUUAUUUACUGAUAAUUGUCUCUACAUGUGUUUCAGCAGAGGCAAUUCUCAGUAUUGUUUAUGGCAGGGUAUUUUCUGGCGUUUAGUGGCUGUGAAAAAGUAACUGCUACUAUUAGCUCCAUGUGUCUUCACCCUUAAAGGGACAGUAUGCACCUAAAAACACCUUUGCUAAAAAUGAACACAGUAGGCAAAAGUAUGUUCAGCACAAGCCCUAUUCAUAGAGCUUAUGUAGAAAUGGGUUGUAUGAUUUCCCUGUAUCCCCUGGUCCUAGGGUGACACCAUGAGGCAUAUUUAUUAGUGCUUGAUCCUCUAGGUUUUAGCAAUCUGUUAUCGACAGCCUGGGUUCCUUGUGUUUUCUAUAAUCCAAUACUUUGGCUUGCUGUCAGAUGGAUUUCAAAAGAAACAAACACUACGAGCGGCUUUUCACAGGUGUUGUAGUCAUAUUUGUGAUGGUACCAAAAUAAAAAUGAUAACUAUAGAACUUUG